AUGCAGAGCCAAGCGGAACGUGAAAACGUUCAAGAUGAACUCCAGAUUGAGGUUCUUCCGGGAACCGAGAUCAUGACAGACAUUGGCAAACACCGAUUUGUCAAGACGGAGCAGACAAAUCAAGUUCUCGUUCCGCAGCCGUCUCAGGAUCCCCACGACCCUCUCAACUGGAAGCCUUUGUGGAAGUUCUCUGCAAUUGUUUGUGUAUCAACUAUGACUUUCACGCAGGGAUUUGCUCCACUGGCUUUGGCCCCGAUGUUUCCUGACCUGAUCAGAGAUUAUAACAGCAAUCUUGAAGAUGUCAUCCAAUUCACAGGUGUCACCAUCUUGAUCCUCGGAUUCAGCAACUUCGUCUGGGCACCUAUUUCUACUUCUUUCGGUCGUCGACCCGUAUAUCUUGCAUCCCAACUUAUUUGCAUGGCUUGCCACAUAAUCCGAGCAAAGGCUUCAACAUACGGGACGUUUAUGGUAGCUUGCGUGCUUAACGGAAUCGGGGCAGGUCCUUCAGAGAUCCUCCAACCUGCUGUUAUCGCCGACAUCUUUUUCCUUCACGAUCGAGGAACAUGGAACGCGCUGUACUGGGUUGUUUAUAUGGGGUCACUCAUGGUGGCACCGAUCAUCGCCGGCCCCAUGGCGGACCGUACAGGCUGGCAAAACUUCUGGUGGCUAAACGUUGCGGUCACUGGACUUUCAAUCAUCCUUGGCAUCUUUGGGUUCCCCGAAACCAAGUGGAAUCGCAUCGAUUCGAUCGAGGCUGAGCUUGACACCGAUGUACAGGUGGCAGUUCCUACUCAAGACGUCAAGCACCCGGCUCCCGAAGGCGAUAUUGAAAAGUCCACGGCUGUACCCGACCAGUCUCAUGUGGAAUCCGUUUUAGACCCGAAUUUGGGUAAGGGGAGCCCGUCGAAGCAGCAAUGGUUGUUGUUCCAGCGCGACUCAUCACCCCUGCGAAGCAUUCUGCUCGACCUCUGGACUCCGUGGAGACUUUUCGUGUAUCCCAUUGUCCUUUUUGCUUCUUUUGUUGUCAGCUGGAGUUGCAGCAACUUCCUGAUCCUCAACCUCACCCAGUCCCAGGUCUUUGCCGCUCCUCCAUACAACAUGAGCUCCCAGUCCAUCGGAUUCCUCAAUUUUGCUAUUCUUGUCGGCGCUUUGAUUGGCCUGGUCACGGCCGGACCAUUCAGCGACUGGGUAUCUGCAAAAGCAACCACCAGGAACGGCGGUAUUCGUGAACCCGAGAUGCGUUUGCCGGCCAUGAUCCCCUACGUUAUCAUUAUGAUCUUUGGCAAUGUCAUCACAUCUAUAGGAUACGAGAAGCAGUGGCCGUGGCCAGUCAUUGUUGUACUGGGCUAUUCGUCGGCUGGCAUACAAGUUGCGGCCCUGCCUAGUAUUGCCAGUACCUAUGCAGUGGACUGCUAUAAGCCAGUCACAGGGUCACUCUUUGUUGCUAUAACUGUAAACAAGAGUCUCUGGGGCUAUGGAAUGGGUAGAUUCAUCACUCCAUGGACAAUCGAGGCGGGGUUCAUGCCCGCAUUCAUGACCAACAUGGCGCUCACGGUUCUAUGGUGUGGCUUGGGAGCUGUCUUUUACUUCUAUGGCAAGACUUUCAGGAGAUGGACAAAGAGCAGCAAUGUUCACCAGAUGUGA